CUUGGGUCUCGCGUUUUAUCGUGCACCUGCGAGACUACAAUUUUUCAUCAUGGAAGAUCGAAAUUGAUCACUAUUGUUAAGAAAACUGUUUUUAUCCCUUUAUAUAUUAUGUUUUAAUGGUUUCAGAUGUUCUAUGUGUAUAAAAUGUAAAAGACUUAGUGAGACUGAUGUAUCAUCCGGUUUUGUAAAGCAGAUUUUAACAGACAAUGAAUAUCAUCAGCUAUGCAGUUUUGUUUUGGUUGUCACUUUUGGUGAGAUCAGAUGGUCAGCUGACAUGUAAAGAUUAUGAAGGAAAAGCCAUCGAACAUGGAGAAGAAUUCAUGCCUGACCCUAAUGAUCGAUGUAAGACCUGCACCUGUAAUCAGGGGUUUCCUACCAUGUGUAGACUGGUGUCCUGUUCACCUCCAUCCUGUCCUAACUGGUACCAGGAUAAAACAGAAUGCUGUAAAUUUACCUGUCUAGAGACAACUCCAACAGACUUACCUGCUGACAAUAGUACAGACAAUACAGUUACAUCAGCUGAUAGUUUGACUACACUAGGAUUAAGACUUGUAGCCAGUACAGUGACAUCGUUCCUGGUUUUAGCAUUAUUACUUUUUGCUGUACAUCAGUUGAGGAGGAAGAGAUUGAUAUUAGCCAUGAGAAGAUAUAGUGAUAACAGAAGGAGACAUGAUACAGAUAUGUAUACACCAGAUUAUUUUGGCAUGGCAUGUCCACCAUAUGAAGAACCCCCACCACCAUAUUCCCCUCCGAAACCACCUGACGACACACAUCCAGAUGAUGCCCCACCCCCUUAUGAGAGCGUAGAUUCUAAUCACAAUGUCAGCUCUCGGGUUUUUCCAGAGCCGUCUGUUAUUUGUGCUACUAGUCCUCGAGAUGAAAGGAAUCAAAAUAGCUCAGAACGCUCUGUGUUCCACACUGCCAGUCCAGUAAGGAACAACAGUUGUAAUAGGUCAAGUGAUGUAAAUAGGCAAUCAUCAACCAGAACUCUGCUAUCAAACUGUCAAUCAUCACCUGACACAUUACCUGCAUGGAAUAGUUUCACACAUCCAAGGGGAGGUAACCUUCCUUCCAAUAAUAGGCAUUUAGAAAGGUGCAUAUCUGAUAACUCAGACAUUGAAUCUGACCGAGCAUCUACAGACUUUGGUCUGACCUCAGAUUCUGAAGCUCAUUAUAGUAGGUGUGGUCCACGGGAAAACAUAGACUUACGUCAUGUACGCUUGUCUAAAUUGCUAAGUCCUAAUGGAUCUGUUGCAAAAGAAAAUGGUGCUUAUUCAGAUCUUCCUGGUCGUGGCACCCUUUCUGGCAAUCUUGAGAGUGAUGCACAGUAUCCAGACCACAACUUAAGUCAUGCACAUUGUAACACUUUACCUUCUGUUCAUAAUGAUGUUUCCAUGAAAGGGAUUUCAGGAUCUGGUGAUAAGGUAAUAAACAAUAAAGAAACUGAGAGUCCAUCGUGGAGUCAAUCAUUAGCCGAUAGUAAUGAGGAACCAGAAGGACAACACUGUAGUGUUGUAUGAAUUUAUGUUCAUUUUAUGACUAAGACAUAUUUUAAAAACAUGGUUUUUAUAUUGAUGAGUCAACAAUUGUAUUUACAUGUGAUGAGAAUAAUUGUGAUAAAAGUAGUAAGGCAUUGUAAGUUUUUACAUGGAUAGUUGCAAUUUACCCUUUUCAAAUAUUUUACUGGGUUAAUAAAAUCACUUUUGUUAGAUUGCUUGGUCACCAAAAUCCCUUUAUUAGGUUAUUUGGUCAACAAAACCACGUGUUCUAGUAUGUCAAUGAAAUGUGGUAAUUAGUUGCAUUAGCAUAUAUUGGUUCAUCUCUUUUUAAGGAAAAUAUUUGGUCCUAAGUUAAGAUUCAUUAACUUAAACUGUACAACAGAUUACAUAUUAACACUAGUGAUGGGGUUAUUUAAAAGGGAACUACUUUUUACUACCAAAAAGACAUAUCUCUCUAUCAAGAGUUCAUUUGUAAAUGUAGCAGAAUUUGAUGAGACUGUUAUUAAAGUGAGGGGUAAGCGCUAUAGAACCAGGUUUAACCCACCAUUUUCUACAUUUGAAAAUGCCUGUACCAAGUCAGGAAUAUGACAGUUCUUGUCCAUUCGUUUUUGAUGCGUUUUGUUUUUUUGAUUUUGCCAUGUGACUAUGGACUUUCCAAAUUGAUUUUCCUCUGAGUUCAGUAUUUUUGUGAUUUUACUUUUUAUUUCGAAGAUAUUCUGGUUUAGGUAAUAUAAAAGUAGAUUCCCCACAAUUAUUUCUGUUUUUUAAUCAUUUACACUAAACAUUUUAUUUUGUUUUACAGUAUUAGUUUUUCUCAUUUUUAAAGGUUAUAUGAUGGGUAACAUAUUAUUAUUUAAUCUUUGUAUUUGGGUUGAUAGUAGCUUCACAACUCCUCAGUUUUAUAUCAGAUGAUAAUAUUCCACUGUGAUAGAAUUAUGUGAAUUAAUUUGUAAAUAUGAUGACAAUGUGUUGUAACAAAGAUUUUACCUUGUAUGUGUGCCAUAAUAAACAGUAUGAGGGUUUUACCGAACAAAUGUCACUUCACUUUAUAAAGCAUGAGUUAUCAAUUUUAUUUGUUUCUUCAGUUGUUGUAUUAUGUGUUCUUUAUUUUGUCAUUAAAUGUAGAUUUUUGUUUUAGCUUGUAGAUUUAUAAAUCAAUAGAGUAUUAAUUUUCAUUUGACACUUACAUCUGUGUGUGAUGAAAGAAAUUAUAAAUUAAAUGAAUUAAAAUGAAAUAGUACAUGUAUUUGAAAAGUGGCCGUAUUGAUUAUUGAUGUUUGCAACUCUUCAAAUACAAUACUGUUUUUCCUAUCCUAUUUGUAAAUAUUUAAUAAAUGAAAUGUUAAAUAAUCUGAAAACCUGAACACUCUUGUUGAUUACACUUCAAUGGUCAAAAUGAUGGUAGAAAUCAUCCAAUCGGAAAUGGUAUUACAUGUCACAUGGCAUAAGUAUUCUCAUUAUGUUAUGAUAUAUACAUUUUUGUAUGUUAAAAUUUAAAUUUGAUGAAUUGAAUGAAUUCUAAUUGUUAAUAUAAGUUGAAAAAUAAGGUAAGGAUUGGUACGAAAUAAAGUCCAACCAAGGUUUAUAUACAUGUUUAUCCAGAAUUGCAUGUUGUAUUCAGAAAGAUUCUGUUUCUAUGAAGAAAACCAAUUUUGUUUGUUAAAUUUAUUUCAUGGUUUAUAAUUAAUUUAGAUCCUUUGUACAACCAAUAAAACUUCACAAUAGAAAAAAGAUAAAAGGCUUAUUACUUCAUAGUUUUCAAGCAUGUUAUUAUUUUUCCAUUUUUGUUUAUAAACAGACAGGUUGGAGGGGUCAGGAUAUCUGUUUGUAAUCUCUUCUCUGUUUUAUUUGUAUUGUAAUAUUAAUCAAUAGAUUUUAUAAUCAUC